UCGCGGCUCCCCGGAGCGCGGCGUGGCCCGGCCCCGAGGUGCGGCGGGGAGAGCGGCGGAGGCGGCCGGGGAGGCGGGCCCGCAGUAUCCCGGGCCCCGGGCCUCGGCCGCGCCCACCUCGGGCUGAGCCCGGAGCUGCAAGCCGUUCUUGGUUUUACGUCAGCGCGGGCGCGAGGGCACCCCCGCUUCAGGCACCCCCGACAGCGCCUCCUCCGCCUAGGGAGAAGAGGGGUGACAAGCGUCAGGGCUCCGUGGACCCCGCGGCGGCCCCCACUUCCCCCUCACCCACACGCUGACUCGGGGGCGGGGGCCGGCCCGAGCAGGCCUGGCGGUUCCCACGUUAGUUUCCGGCGGGCGCAGCCUGGCUGCGGGAGGAAAGGUGGUGCCCGCCCGUGGGUCCCGGCAGCCGCGGCAGGUGCCUCACAUCACUCACGCCCGCUUCCUCUGCAGAGGAGUCCUCCCGGGCUCCCCUGCCCGCCAUGGCCAAACCAACAAGCAAAGAUUCGGGCUUGAAGGAGAAGUUCAAGAUUCUGUUGGGACUGGGGACUCCCAGGCCCAAUCCUAGGUCUGCAGAGGGCAGACAGACGGAAUUUGUCAUCACGGCGGAAAUCCUGAGAGAACUGAGUGUCGAGUGUGGCCUGAGCAAUCGCAUCCGGGUGAUAGGGCACAUCUGCGAAGUAGCGAAAACCAAGAAAUUUGAAGAGCAUGCGGUGGAGGCGCUCUGGAAGGCAGUCGCGGACCUGCUGCAGCCAGACAAGCCCCCAGAGGCAAGGCACGCGGUGCUGGCUCUGCUCAAGGCCAUCGUGCAGGGCCAGGGGGAGCGCCUGGGGGUCCUCAGGGCCUUCUUCUUCAAGGUCAUAAAGGACUACCCCUCCAACGGAGACCUCCACGAGAGGCUGGAAGUCUUCAAGGCCCUCACGGACAAUGGGAAACACAUCACCUACUUGGAGGAGGAGCUGGCCGAGUUUGUCCUGCAGUGGAUGGACGUGGGCUUGUCCUCAGAAUUCCUGCUGGUGCUCCUGAACUUGAUCAAGUUCAACAGCUGUUACCUCGACGAAUACAUCGCGUCAAUGGUUCACAUGAUCUGCCUGCUGUGCAUCCGGACCACGUCCUCUGUGGACAUAGAGGUGUCCCUGCAGGUGCUGGACGCUGUGGUCUGCUACAACUGCCUCCCCGCUGAGAGCCUCCCCCUCUUCAUUGUCACCCUGUGCCGCACCGUCAGCGUCAAGGAGCUCUGCGAGCCCUGCUGGAAGCUGAUGCGGAACCUCCUGGGAACCCACCUGGGCCACAGUGCCAUCUACAACAUGUGCCGCAUCAUGGAGGACAGGGCCUACAUGGAGGAUGCCCCGCUGCUGCGAGGAGCCGUGUUCUUCGUGGGCAUGGCUCUCUGGGGAGCCCACAGGCUCUACUCUCUCAAGAACUCACCGACGUCCGUGCUGCCGUCGUUUUAUGAGGCCAUGACCUGCCCAAACGAGGUAGUGUCCUAUGAGAUCGUGCUCUCCAUAACCAGACUCAUCAAGAAGUACCGGAAGGAGCUCCAGGCUGUGACAUGGGACAUUCUACUGAACAUCAUUGAGCGACUCCUUCAGCAGCUGCAGAUCCUGGAGAGCCAGGAGCUCAGAAUCAUCGUGCACGACUUGCUGACCACAGUGGAGGAGCUCUGUGAUCAGAAUGAGUUCCACGGCUCGCAGGAGAGAUACUUCAUGCUCGUGGAGCGGUGUGCGGACCAGAGACCUGAGUCCUCCCUCUUAAACUUAAUAUCCUACAGAGCACAGUCAAUUCACCCGGCGAAGGAUGGCUGGAUCCAGAACUUGCAGUCGCUGAUGGAGAGAUUCUUCAGGAGCGAGCCCCGCAGUGCUGUGCGCAUCAAGGUGCUGGAUGUCCUGUCCUUCGUGCUGCUCAUUAAUAGGCAGUUCUAUGAGGAGGAGCUGAUCAACUCAGUGGUCAUCUCGCAGCUCUCCCACAUUCCAGAGGACAAAGAUCACCAUGUCCGAAAGCUGGCCACCCAGCUGCUGGUGGACCUGGCCGAAGGCUGCCACAGCCACCACUUCAAUAGCUUGCUGGACAUCAUCGAAAAAGUGAUCUCCCGCUCCCUCUCGCCACCCCCCGAGCUGGAAGAAAGGGACGUGCCCGCCUACUCAGCCUCCUUGGAGGAUGUGAAGACCGCUGUCCUGGGGCUCCUGGUCAUCCUCCAGCUCUUCCUGCAGACCAAGCUCUACACCUUACCGGCCAGCCAUGCCACACGCGUGUACGAGACGCUCGUCGGCCACCUCCAGCUGCACUACAUGCACACCUUCUCCCUUCCCGUCGCCAGCAGCAUCCGCCUCCAGGCCUUUGAUUUCCUGCUGCUGCUCCGGGCGGACGCGCUGCACCGCCUUGGCCUGCCCACCAAGGAUGGCGUUGUGAGGUUCAGCCCCUACUGCCUCUGUGACCACACGGAGCCGGAGAGAGGCUCUGAGAAGAAGGCCAGCAGGCCCCUCUCGCCUCCCGCCGGGCCGCCCGUCCCUGCACCUGCAGGCCCUGCCGUGCGGCUCGGCCACCUGCCCUAUGCCCUGCUUUUCCGCGUCCUGCUGCAGUGUCUGAAGCAGGAGACGGACUGGAAGGUGCUGAAGCUGGUUCUCAGCAAGCUGCCAGAGGCGCUGCGCUACAAAGUGCUCUUCUUCACGUCCCCGUGCAGCCUGGACCAGCUGGCGGCCGCCCUCUGCACCAUGCUUUCAGGCCCAAAGACCCUAGAGCGGCUCCGAGGUGCCCCGGACGGCUUCUCCCGGACCGACCUCCACUUGGCGGUGGUCCCGGUGCUGACGGCCCUCAUCUCUUACCACAGCUACUUGGACAAGACCAAACAGCGGGAGAUGGUGUACUGUCUGGAGCAAGGCCUCGUUUACCGCUGUGCCAGCCAGUGUGUGGUGGCCCUGGCCGUGUGCAGUGUGGAGAUGCCCGACGUCAUCAUCAAGGCACUGCCUGUGCUCAUCGUGAAGCUCACUCACAUCUCCGCCACGGCCAGCAUGGCCAUCCCGCUGCUCGAGUUCCUCUCGACUCUGGCCAGGCUGCCCCACCUGUACAGGAACUUCGCCGCGGAGCAGUAUGCCAGCGUGUUCGCCAUCUCGCUGCCCUACACCAACCCCUCCAAGUUCAACCAGUACAUCGUGUGCCUGGCCCACCACGUGAUAGCCAUGUGGUUUAUUAGGUGCCGCCUGCCCUUCCGGAAGGACUUUGUUCCCUAUAUCACGAAGGGCCUGCGCUCCAACGUCCUCCUGUCAUUUGAUGACACCCCCGAGAAGGACAGCUUCAGAGCUCGGAGCACCAGUCUCAACGAGAGGCCCAAAAGUGUAAGGAUAGCCAGAGCCCCCAGGCAAGGCUUGGCCACCUCCCCGCCCGUGAAAGAGGUGCAGGAGAGCUCCGCCGAGGCCUUCCGCUGCCGCAGCGUCAGCGUGUCUGAGCACGCGGCCCGCAGGCUGCAGGCGUCCCUCACCAGCGCCAGCCUGGGCUCUGCGGACGAGAACGCGAUGGCCCAGGCUGAUGACAGCCUGAAGAAUCUCCACCUGGAGCUCACAGAGACGUGCCUGGACAUGAUGGCCCGAUACGUGUUCUCCAACUUCACAGCCGUCCCCAAGAGGUCCCCUGUGGGAGAGUUCCUCCUGGCUGGCGGCAGGACCAAAACCUGGCUGGUUGGGAACAAGCUCGUCACCGUGACGACGAGCGUGGGGACCGGCACCCGGUCGCUGCUGGGCCUGGACACGGGAGAGCAGCUGGGGGCUCCGGAGCCGAGCUCUGCCCCCAGCGUGCGAAUCCGGCAGGCAAAAGAGGCACCGGCCAAGCUGGAGUCCCAGGCCGGGCAGCAGGUGGGCCGUGGGGCCCGGGACCGGGUCCGCUCCAUGUCAGGGGGCCAUGGUCUACGUGUGGGGGCUCUGGACGCUCCAGCCUCCCACUUCCGAGGCAGCCCCAGCUCCCCAGGAUCCCAGACUGCACCGACCACAAAGCCUGAGAAGGUCCCAACCGGAGCCCCGGCUGCGGCCCGGAUGGAGAAGACGCACCUGGCGGCCUACGCACCUCUGCUGACCCAGGGCUGGGCCGAGAUCCUGGUCCGCAGGCCCACAGGGAACACGAGCUGGCUGAUGAGCCUGGAGAACCCGCUCAGCCCCUUCUCCUCGGACAUCGACAACAUGCCACUGCAGGAGCUGGCCAACGCCCUCAUGGCCGCCGAGCGCUUCAAGGAGCACCGCGAUGCAGCCCUGUUCAAGUCCCUGUCGGUGCCUGCGGCCAGUGUCGCCAAGCCUCCCCUCCUCCCGCGAUCCAACACAGUGGCCUCCCUGUCCUCCCUGUACCAGCCCGGCUGCCAAGGCGAACUGCACAGGAGCAUUUCCUGGGCAGACUCCCCGGCAGUUCUGGAAGAGGGAAGCCCAGGGAAGGUUAACUUGUCGCUGGAGCCCCCCGAGUUGGAGGACUUUGAGGCCAGCCUCGGUGCAGACGGGCGCUGUCCACACCCUGAGGCGUACUGCAGGGUGUGCUCGGCCCCCAGCCAGGAGGAGUCGCUCUGCGUGGAGGAGCUGGCUGCAGGCGGGAUCCCUAUCGAGCGGGGCGCUGGCUCCGGGGAGGGCCGACCCUCGGUGGACCUCUCCUUCCAGCCCUCGCAACCCCUGAGCAAGUCGAGCUCCUCGCCCGAGCUGCAAACGCUGCAUGACUUUCUCGGGGGCGCGGGUGACGGGGCUGAGCUCGGCCGGCUGAGCCCCGAGGCUAAGGCCCGGUCGCAGUCGGGGACCCUGGACAGGGAGGGCGCAGCCUGGCCAGCCCCUGGCGAAGAGGGUCGGGGCCCUGCCCUGCCCGAGGGUCCCUUGCCUACCAGCUCCCCCCGCUCCCCCAGUGGCCUUCGGCCCCGGGGCUACACCAUUUCCGACUCGGCCCCAUCUCGCCGGGGAAAGAGGGCGGAUGGAGACGCUUUCAGGAGCCGAGCUGCUGCCUCCGGUGCCGAGAAGGUGCCGGGCAUCAACCCCAGCUUCGUGUUCCUGCAGCUCUACCACUCACCCUUCUUUGGCGACGAGUCCAACAAACCCAUCCUGCUGCCCAACGAGUCAUUCGAGCGCUCGGUGCAGCUCCUUGACCAGAUCCCGUCUUACGACACGCACAAGAUCGCCGUCCUGUACGUCGGGGAAGGCCAGAGCAACAGUGAGCUUGCCAUCCUGUCCAAUGAGCACGGUUCCUACAGGUACACGGAGUUCUUGGCUGGCCUGGGCAAGCUCAUUGAGCUCAAGGACUGUCAGCCCGACAAGGUGUACCUGGGCGGCCUGGACGUCUGCGGUGAGGACGGCCAGUUCACCUACUGCUGGCAUGAUGACAUCAUGCAAGCCGUCUUCCACAUCGCCACCCUAAUGCCCACCAAGGACGUGGACAAGCACCGCUGUGACAAGAAGCGCCACCUGGGCAAUGACUUUGUGUCCAUCGUCUAUAACGACUCCGGCGAGGACUUCAAGCUGGGCACCAUCAAGGGCCAGUUCAACUUUGUCCAUGUAAUCAUCACGCCGCUGGACUACGAAUGCAACCUGGUGUCACUGCAGUGCAGGAGAGACAUGGAGGGCCUUGUGGACACCAGUGUAGCCAAGAUUGUGUCUGACCGCAACCUGCCCUUCGUGGCCCGCCAGAUGGCCCUGCACGCCAACAUGGCCUCCCAGGUCCACCACAGCCGCUCCAACCCCACCGACGUCUACCCUUCCAAGUGGAUCGCGCGGCUGCGUCACAUCAAGCGGCUGCGCCACCGGGUCCGGGAGGAAGCCCACUACCCAAGCCCCAGCCUGCCCCUGCUGCACCCGCCGGCCCCCGCCAAGGCCCCGGCCGAGCCCACGCCCACGUAUGAGACCGGCCAGAGGAAGCGGCUCAUCUCCUCGGUGGAUGACUUCACCGAGUUCGUGUGAGCCAGGUGCCCGGGACCCCUCCUCUCACAUAUGCAAUGAAAUAAAAGGGUCCUGCGGCCAGACAGACAGACGGAGGCCGGGUAGCAGUCA